UCCUAUGUCAUCAACUCAAGGCGCUUUGUUGUUCUUUCGGGAUAGAAAAACGGAGACAAUUAUUGCUAGUAUAUUGUAAACAACGGUCGGACUAAGCAAGGAUAAUAUUUAAUUUGGUUCAGUCUUAUCAAAAGCCGACCAAAUGUGGGGUUAAACCCGAUGACGUGUGGUGGAAAGUGUUGUAUUUGUGGGAGCUAGUGAGCUAGCAUUAGCCACUCCACGGAAGGAAUUCCAGGCACUGGGAAGAAGAGGAGAAACCUCUGCUGGGAUGUUUUACGCAAGUUGUACGAAAACUGUGUUCUACAGGUCCGCCUGCAACCACGGCGACAUAACCCCGAAGUAUGUAUCCGUUUGACUGAUAUCAAAUUGCAGGAACAAUUUGAUAGUGCUUUCUCUUAUAAGCGUGAACGUGCCAGUUUAGCGAGUUAGCCACGUAGCUUUCACUGGGAAGUCAUUUAAAAUGGCGGAAGGUUGGCCCAUUCCUUCGGCCCUUGUCUUCAUGCUGUUGAGUUUGAGUGCCUGGGCUCUUGGCUCUUGUCCUGCGCCUUGCUCGUGUUCAAAAGGGCAAGAUGAGGUUCAUGUUUUGGACUGCAACAGGAAAAAGCUGUCCACAGCUCCCCUGGACCCACCGGACGGGAUAACACAAGUCACCAUGAAUCACAAUGAGUUGACUGUUGUUCCCUUUUUUGGCGAUGCGUCCUCAAAUAUCACCUCGCUGUCAUUAGUCCACAAUCGGAUCUCAGAGCUGUUGAUGCAUCAGCUACAGCCAUACGUUUCCUUGGAGACACUGGACCUGACGUCCAAUUCCAUCUCUGAGCUCAAAGUUGGAUCCUUCCCCUCCAUGCAACUGAAAUAUCUAAAUUUGAGUAAUAACAAGAUCAGCGUCCUCGAGCCUGGCUGCUUUGAAAACAUCUCCAGCUCCCUGCUGGUGCUGAAGCUGAACAGAAACAGAUUAGUUGCGCUGCCAUCCAAAGUCUUCAAACUUCCACAGCUUCAGUUCCUUGAAAUAAAGCGCAAUAAGAUCAAGAUAGUGGACAGCCUGACAUUCAAGGGGAUGGACUCACUGAAGUCACUGAAGAUGCAGCGGAAUGGCAUCACUAAGCUCAUGGAUGGAGCCUUUUUUGGGCUUGAAAACAUUGAAGAACUAGAGCUGGAGCACAAUAACCUAACUGAGGUCAACAAAGGUUGGCUGUACGGCCUGUGCAUGCUGCGUGUCCUGCGGGUCAGCCAGAACGCUGUCGGCAUCAUCCGACCAGACGCCUGGGAGUUUUGUGAAAAGCUGCAGGAACUAGACUUGUCCUUCAAUCAUUUGACAAGGCUUGAGGAGACUGCUUUCGUCGGAUUAGGUCUCCUGGAGAGCCUGAACCUAGGAGAAAACUCUCUCAGCCAUUUGGGAGAGGGAGUGUUCAGUGGCCUCGCAAGUCUACGCACCCUGGAUAUCCGCAAUAAUGAAAUCUCCUGGGCCAUUGAAGACUCCAUUGGUGUCUUUGAAGGGAUGAAGAAGCUGAACACUCUAAUCUUACAGCAGAACAAAAUAAAAUCAAUCACUAAGAAAGCGUUUGAGGGCCUGGAGGAGCUGGAGCACCUGGAUCUCAGCAAGAAUGGCAUCAUGUCGAUACACCCGGAGGCGUUGUCCCAUACGAAGCUCAAAGUGUUUGUGCUGAACACGAGCAGCCUGCUGUGUGACUGUCACAUGCAGUGGCUGGGGCCUUGGCUGACUGACAGCCAGUUCCAGCAGUCUGUCUCUGCUAUCUGUGCUCAUCCUGCCAGCCAUCUUGGUCGCAACGUCCUUUCCAUCAGUCCUGAAGAGUUUGUUUGUGAUGAUUUCCCCAAGCCUCGUAUCACAACUCACCCAGAGACAUCUGUGGCAUUGCGUGGGAACAACGUGACUCUGAACUGCAUCGCGUCCAGCAGCAGUGAUUCACCGAUGACCACAGCUUGGCGGAAGGAUGGGGAGGUGCUGUAUGAUGCAGAAGUGCAAAACUACGCCCGGUACCAAGAGGGGGAGCUGAUCUACACCACUGUUCUCCACCUCCUCAACGUCAACUUCACUGAUGAGGGGCGCUACCAGUGUGUGGUCUCCAAUCACUUCGGUGCCAACUAUUCAAACCGGGCGAAGCUCACCGUCAAUGCGCUGCCAUCCUUUCUUAAGACUCCCAUGGAUCUAACGAUCCGGACUGGGACAAUGGCCAGGCUGGAGUGUGCUGCCGAAGGCCAUCCAUCACCCCAAAUUGCAUGGCAGAAGGACGGUGGCACUGACUUCCCUGCUGCCCGAGAGCGCAGAAUGCAUGUAAUGCCUGAUGACGACAUCUUCUUCAUUGCUAACGUGAAGACAGAAGACAUGGGAGUGUACAGCUGCACGGCCCAAAACGCAGCUGGCAGUCUGUCUGCAAACGCUACUCUCACCGUCCUGGAAACUCCAUCCUUCAUGCGACCGCUGGAAGACCGAACAGUGGCCCGUGGUGAAACUGCCGUGCUUCAGUGUAUAGCUGGAGGCAGCCCAGCCCCUCGUCUCAACUGGACCAAAGAUGACGGCCCUCUGGUUCUUACCGAGCGCCACUUCUUUGCUGCAGCCAACCAGCUCCUUAUCAUAGUUGAUGCUGGUCCUGCCGAUGCAGGGAAAUACACCUGCAUCAUGUCUAACACUCUGGGAACAGAACGUGGCCACAUCUACCUGAGCGUCUCCCCAUCGCCAAACUGUGAUACCAGCCCGGUCUACGACCAGGAUGGCUGGACCACCGUGGGCAUUGUGGUGAUUGUGGUGGUGUGUUGCGUUGUUGGAACCUCACUGGUCUGGGUCAUUGUCAUUUAUCACAUGCGCAGGAAGAGCGAGGACUACAGUAUCACCAACACAGAUGAGAUGAAUUUGCCAGCAGACAUCCCCAGCUACCUGUCCUCUCAGGGUACUUUGUCAGAGCCACAGGAAGGCUACAGUAACUCUGAGGCUGGCAGCCACCAGCAGCUCAUGCCUCCUCUCUCCAAUGGAUAUGUUCAUAAGGGCACAGAUGGUGUGUGUUAUGGAGACACAGGCAGUGAGGUGGAAACUGAGGGGAAUGGCAUGCUGCACUGCAGGGUUGGCUCUCUGUUCACUGGCCGCAGCAGCUUUCACCCUGGAGAGCCCCGUGAGGGACUAGCCGGACUCCCCACAGGUGGUGCAGGUCCCCUGGUCAUCUGCUCCGACUGUUACGACAACGCCAACAUCUACUCUCGUACACGGGAGUACUGCCCCUACGCCUAUCUCGGGGAGGACGACCCGCUGGAUAAGACCCUACCAGGCCUGAAGGAGAGCUUCAGUGAGCAUGCCCAGCACAAAGAGCUGGCACUGGGGAGCCUUAUUAGUAACCGGGACUCUUCUGACUUUCUCACCUCACAUGAUAAAAGGUUGAGCAGCCACACUCCCCCGGAGCACUAUGCUAAUGAUUGUCUUCGUAGGUCCUUCUGGGGCGAAGGGGAAGAUCCGUCCUCGAAACCCCAACCAGGCACGUCCCAGCACCCAGUGACUGUACACAGACCUCCUCUGACUUCCACUGCAGACGGAGCAGAUGAGCAAAGCGAAGCAGGGGUGGACUGUUUUCCCAGAAAAUGCACACAGGACCACAGAAGUGCCUCUAAUAGGACUAACCCUCAGGAGCAUCCUGCUCCCACAUAGGUCCUUACACUCCGCCCACGUUCUGCCUCUGAUUACUCGUUGCUGCACCCCCCCACCUUCCCUUCACCCACUACCUCCAAAGAGACUCCUCACAUUCUGCCAAAGAUGCUCUCUUGUAUGUUUACAUUCCCCUUUCACUCAAGAGGACAUGCUAAAGUUCUCCACUGUGGAAAGACUUCUGUGUCAUGCUGGAGAAAUGGACCAUAGAUGUGUUCUCCUCCUUGACACCUCCACCUCUGCAGGACCCCUCUCUCCCCCAACCUUCACUCUUCUUUGUUCUCUUCCCAGAGAAAGCUAUGAAUGUAUGCUUUAAAGAGCCAUGUCGGAUGCUGCUGUGAGAGAGCGCUGUGACAUGGUCGAGUCUUAACAAGCUCUCUCCUCCGUCCCUUCUGCUGUGGGGCUGAAAGUUUGUCUCAUCAUUCCUGGUACAGACACCUGUUGGAGCAGCCUAUAUGACUUUAAAAUUACAAAAAAUCUGUUCCCGAAUUGGGGGGGGGGGUUCUAAACAGGGGCCAGUCGAAGCUCCCUAACCAGCAGUUUGUGGUUAUUGAUAUAGGAAAGAACACUGAAAACAUAUGUCCAACAUUCCCUCAGCCAUCCCGACUGACUCAAAACUAUGCUAUCUGGUAUCCUGUUAUGCAAAUUCCAGAGACAGUGACACCAAAAUGUGGUGUAUAUUAUGAAUAUAUAUAUAUAUAUAUAUGAAUAUAUCCUAUAUCAUCUUUAUCUGAUCUUGUUUUUGUGCUAUGUCAAAUUGUUAAUUUCUUCAUUUUGUCUUCUUAAUGAUGAACAGCGUAAGCGUACAGGUUUUUUUUGCACAUGUGACAAUCAUGGUUUUGCUGGCUAUUUUCCAAUGGUUGUCUAUUGGAUGGCCUUUCUAACAAGCGUUCUCAGUAACCUCGAUCAGGUGACAUUAUGGUUUAUAUGUACAGUAUGCACUGAUUUGUUUCCCCUUUUGUAACACAUUCUUAAAGGCACUUAAUUUAAUGGUGGUAAACUUCAUUAUGCAGUGCGCAUGUGUCUUUUUUCUUUUCUUUUUUUUUCUUUUUUUUUUUAAUUGUGAGGAUUUUAUCACAGUUUUAUCUCAAAGGUUCACGAUCCUUCCGUAGAUAUUGAUUAUGCCUAGGUUUUCACUUGGGACUGUGAAAAAUGAGAAUGUAUUGUAUUAUUUUAUACAUGUAUGUGUACAUAAGGAUAGUAAUCUAUUAAAUUCUAUGUCCUAUUAGUCCAUUUACAGAGAGGUUUGAGACAUAGGCUGCAGAAUUUUAAGCUUAUUAAUUUCAAGCCUUUUAUUGCCCCUGAGGUUUUUACCUGUUGGUUCAGGUAACAAGAUGAUCACGUUCUAGAGCAACUUUUGUUUCUUCAUAAACUAAAAGGCAAUAAUCAAACAGUUGCCAACUAACACCUAAAUGAAACUGCCUCUCAUGUAAAAGAAUGUGCUCUUGUUUCAUUAAGUUGUGCUCUUGAUUAUUGCACUUCAGUGGUGUGAUUGGCUUUGUUUUUAUACCUCAGACAACUAAUUUGUUCAGUUUAUUUAGCAAAUUGAACUCUGUUGUUUGUUUAUUGAGUACACCGAGCAAAAAACAGCGCAGUCUAUUACAACAGUCGUGCAAUAAAUCAUACCUUCAUGGAGGUUAUAAUGUUCACUUUUCAGAGAGGUGCUGAUUCAGCUGCAUGGUCAUUUUGGUGCUGUUGAAUUGUGUUGCAUUAUUCUGAUGGGUUUCUAAAUAACAAACACCUCUCUGCAUUCCACUGCAAUAGCUUUAGAUAGGUGUACACAAUAAACUGGUGCCUGGCGAGUGUAUAUCAUACUCACUACGUGACAACAUAUUUGAAAGUGUAUUUUUGUUUUUCUCAUUUCCAUUAGAUCGUCAGUACCAAGAGGAUUUGUGAUGUUCCUCUUCUUCCUCUUAUGUGUGUGUUUGAGUGCACAAACUAUUGCACAAAAGUCAUUGGCCAAUAAUUCCUUAGAAUUUAAAUAUGUAUUGGUACACCUCUGCAUCCUCAGUGGUAUAUGCAGGUGAAAUUUGCAUUUUAGUCACUCUUUUAGUUCUUUUAUUGCCAUAUCGGCACGUUCCAAGCCUUUUGUUUUCAAUUUGGCAUUGCCUAAAUCACUUGCCAGUAUUUUAUCAAGCCUAAAACCAACAUGACCAUAUUUUGGACACUUAAGUAGAAGUGUUGUUUUCUUUUUGUUUGUUUUUUUGCUAGUUUUUGAAAUAAAAAAAUGAAAGCAUGCAGUAAUAAGUCAACAUAGUGAAACUACAUGUCAAGAGCCAUACAUGACCAUUGGCCAAUAAUUUCUCAGAAUUUAUUACAUGUAUGUAUCGGUACGCCUCCACCUUCUCAGCGGUAUGUGCAGAGAGAACUGCCUUUCAGUUUUUCACACUUUUGGUUCUAACUUUUUUUUAUAUAUAUUUUAUUGUUCAUGCUUGCCUUCAAUUGUCAGAUCAACACAUUCCAUGCCUUUCGUUUUGAAUUUGGAAUGACCUUGAACACCUGGUAUUAUUUUGCCAGCCUGAAACAUGACUUGACAUUGUAAUCGAACUUAAUGCCGGAGAGGCCACACAUUGGUUUACUAUUCAAUAUUUUCUGCCAACAAAAAAUAACAUAAUAAUGUGCAUUUGUAUUGUUUUAUUCUCUGAACGUCCUUUAUGACUUUAUACCAAAGUUUAGCAGUAACUGAGCUGGCAAUAUCCAAUGCUGCUUUUUUUUUGUAUUGUUUGAAGUUCAAGCGUUUUGUUUCCAAUAGUAUUUUUGGACCUUGUUUGCCUGUACAUUCUGUAAAGCAUGUCUAAAGAGCCUUUUUGUUACGUAGCCAUUACUCAAACAUUAAACAUGAAUUCUGAUAAAU